AUGAUCCUUAGAGCUGCCAGAAGACAGUCAUUGAAGAUGUUUGCCAAGCUGCAUGUGCUUGCUCUGCUCUUGUUUUCCAAAGGAUCCUUCCUUUCACUAGGGGACCACAAUUUUGUAAGGAAAGAAAUUAAGAUUGAAGGAGAUCUGGUUUUGGGUGGUUUGUUCCCAAUCAAAGAAAAAGGCUCCGGGGCCGAAGACUGUGGGAGAAUCAACGAGGACCGAGGGAUCCAGCGCUUGGAGGCCAUGUUAUUUGCUAUUGAUGAGAUCAACAGGGACAGCUAUUUGCUCCCAGGAAUUAAGCUUGGGGUUCACAUUUUGGACACCUGCUCCAGGGACACAUAUGCAUUAGAACAGUCGCUGGAGUUUGUCAGGGCAUCAUUGACUAAAGUGGACGAAGCCGAGUAUAUGUGUCCUGAUGGGUCAUAUGCAAUUCAAGAAAACACCCCGUUACACAUUGCAGGUGUGAUUGGAGGCUCUUACAGCAGCGUCUCCAUACAGGUUGCAAAUUUACUAAGGCUCUUCCAGAUUCCUCAAAUAAGCUAUGCAUCCACCAGUGCUAAGCUGAGCGACAAGUCCCGCUAUGACUAUUUUGCACGGACGGUGCCUCCUGACUUUUAUCAAGCAAAAGCAAUGGCAGAGAUCCUGAGGUUUUUUAACUGGACAUAUGUGUCAACAGUUGCUUCUGAAGGCGACUACGGAGAAACAGGAAUCGAGGCCUUUGAACAAGAAGCCCGGCUCCGCAAUAUAUGCAUUGCCACCUCUGAGAAGGUCGGCCGCUCCAACAUUCGGAAAUCCUAUGACAGUGUCAUCCGAGAGCUGCUCCAGAAACCCAAUGCAAAAGUGGUUGUCCUUUUCAUGCGCAGUGAUGACUCUCGGGAGCUCAUUGCUGCAGCCAACCGAUUUAAUGUGUCCUUUACAUGGGUUGCCAGCGAUGGGUGGGGGGCCCAGGAGAGUGUCGUGAAGGGUAACGAGCACAUAGCUUAUGGGGCGAUAACCUUAGAGCUUGCUUCCCAUCCUGUAAAAGAAUUUGACCGAUAUUUCCAAAGCCUCACUCCAGCCAACAACCAUCGUAAUCCCUGGUUCAAAGAUUUUUGGGAGCAGAAAUUUCAGUGCAGCCUUCAGAACAAAAAACCUCACAGAAAAACUUGUGACAAACACUUAUUUAUUAACAGUUCUAACUAUGAACAAGAAUCCAAGAUCAUGUUUGUGGUAAAUGCUGUGUAUGCAAUGGCCCACGCCUUGCAUAAAAUGCAACGGACUUUGUGUCCAAAUACCACCAAGCUCUGUGAUGCUAUGAAGCAUUUGGAUGGCAAGAAGGUCUACAACGACUAUCUGCUGAAAGUCAACUUCACAGCUCCAUUCAGUUCUUCCAAAUCGGCAGACGGUAUUGUUAAAUUUGAUGCUUACGGUGAUGGGAUUGGCCGAUAUAACGUCUUCAAUUUCCAGUACAGCAGAGGCAAAUACUCCUACCUAAAAGUUGGCCAGUGGGCAGAGACGUUGAUGCUCUAUGUAGACGCCAUUAAUUGGUCCAGGAGUCUUAUUCCCACUUCCCAGUGCAGUGAUCCCUGUGCACCCAAUGAGAUGAAGAACAUGCAGCCAGGAGACGUCUGCUGUUGGAUCUGCAUCCCUUGCGAGCCGUUUGAGUACUUAGCGAACGAAUCCACCUGUGCAGACUGUGGGCCUGGGCGGUGGCCAAGCACCAAUCUUACCGGCUGUUAUGACCUCUCAGAAGAUUACAUCGAGUGGGAAGAUGCCUGGGCCAUCGGACCAGUAACCAUUGCAUGUGUGGGCUUCAUUUGUACUUUCCUGGCUGUGGGGGUAUUUAUCAAGCAUAAUAACACCCCCUUGGUCAAAGCUUCAGGUCGUGAGCUGUGCUACAUACUCCUCUUCGGAGUCUUCCUUUCCUACAGCAUGACAUUCCUUUUCAUUGCCAAGCCUUCACCAGCUAUUUGCACCUUGCGUCGCUUAGGCCUGGGUACAUCGUUUGCUAUUUGUUAUGCUGCCCUGCUGACUAAAACAAACUGUAUUGCCAGAAUAUUUAAUGGGGUGAAGAACGGGGUUCAGCGGCCUAAGUUCAUCAGCCCACGUUCACAGGUCUUCAUCUGCCUGAGCCUCAUCAUGGUGCAGAUUGUAGUGGUGUCGUUGUGGCUGAUUUUGGAGGCCCCAGGCACUCGGAGGUACACCCUUCCCGAGAAGCGGCAAACUGUCAUAUUGAAGUGUAAUGUCAAGGAUUCUAGUAUGUUGAUCUCUUUAACAUACGAUGUUAUCCUCGUAGUCUUAUGCACUGUAUAUGCCUUCAAAACAAGGAAGUGCCCAGAGAACUUCAACGAAGCCAAAUUUAUUGGUUUUACAAUGUACACAACAUGCAUCAUCUGGCUGGCUUUCCUCCCAAUCUUUUAUGUGACAUCGAGUGACUACAGGGUUCAGACCACGACCAUGUGCAUCUCCGUAAGUCUAAGCGGCUUUGUCGUCCUGGGAUGCUUGUUUGCGCCCAAAGUACAUAUUGUUCUCUUCCAGCCACAGAAGAAUGUUGUCACUCACAGGCUGCAUCUCAACAGACUCAGCACCAGUGGCAUGGGGACCAUCUAUUCCCAAGCCUCAGCUAAUGUGUACGUUCCCACCGUCUGCAAUGGAAGAGAAGUUGUGGAUUCCACCACCUCCUCUCUCUAA